AUCUUCUUUAUUGGUUGGUUGCCUCAUUGAGAGCCAAAAAAACCUUACUUGUGAAGGAAUAGUAAAAUAGUAUUAUUUUCGAGAGUUUCUCCCCAUUAAAGAGAGAUAGAGAGCAGAGAGGCUGGUGGGUUGUGUAGUUGGUUGUAAAUCCCAAAGACAAAAACACAAAAAAUUAAAAUUAAAAAAAAAUCAGACUUUGUGGGCCAAAUUGCCUUAGCAAUUGGCCUAAGCCACCUCAAGAGAGAUGAAAGUACGACCAUAUUUUGUAACUUAAUCUGAAAGAUCAACACUUCAUCAAGUUUUCUUGUAUUGAGCAGAUCAUGGAUACCUCAGUUCUUGGCCGCAGAACAUCAUCACAUGAUGAAAACCAGUCUAAAUACGACCGAGCAAAAGAGCUAAAAGCUUUUGAUGACACAAAGGCUGGUGUGAAAGGCCUAGUUGAUGCCGGCACACUUCAUGUACCCAAGAUAUUCAUAGGGCCACCCAACGAGCUCGCUCACUUCCCCACAUGUCACCAACCCAACCUGCAAGUUCCUGUCAUUGAUCUCCAAGGCAUCAACGGUGAUCUCCACAAGCAGAUUGUAGAUGAAGUUAGGGCCGCGUCCGAAACAUGGGGCUUUUUCCAAGUGGUCAACCAUGAAGUCCCAUUGACUGUGUUGGAAAAUAUGAUCCAAGGAGUGCGCAAGUUUCAUGAGCAGGAUCUUGAUGUGAAGAAAGAGUUCUAUUCCCGUGAUCGAGAAACAACUGUCAGAUUCAAUAGCAAUUUUGAUCUGUACAAAUCAAAAGCAGCUAAUUGGAGGGACACUCUGGCUUUUGCAAGGGCUGUUGUUGAUCAGGACCCCAAACAACUCCCUUCAGUUUGUAGUGGGUCUAGCCCAUUAGAGACCCAUUGGAAAUUAAAGGAUCUUGACUUGCAGACGAGUGGCCUCAUGUUCAAACCCAUACGAGAUGCAGUAAUUGAAUACACAAAGCAUGUCAAAAGUUUGGGAGACCAACUCUUCGGAUUGUUAUCAGAGGCUCUUGGUCUCAAGCCUGACCACCUAAGGGAAUUAGAAUGUUCUAAAGAUUAUUCCUUUGUGUGCCACUACUAUCCAGCAUGCCCAGAACCAGAACUUACUCUGGGAAGUAGCAAGCACUCAGAUCCUUCUUUCCUCACAAUUCUUCUUCAAGACCAAAUUGGUGGCCUCCAAGUUCUUCAUGACAAUCAAUGGGUUAAUGUUCACCCUAUUUCAGGUGGCUUAGUAGUAAAUAUUGCUGACUUUCUUCAGGCUAUAUCUAAUGACAAGCUUCAGAGUGUUCAACAUAGAGUGCUUGCAAACCGGGCCGGUCCAAGAGUUUCCAUAGCUUGCUUUUUCACAGGACAGAGAACUGGAGCACUUGCCAAGUCCUAUGGUCCAAUCAAAGAGCUUAUAUCAGAAGAGAACCCUCCUCUGUAUAGACAUUUCUUGAUAAGUGAAUAUUAUGGCAAGUUCUUUUCUCAGGGGCUUGAUGAGAAGUCUGGUCUUGACCAUUUCAGGCUUUGAAGCCAACAAUUUCCACUGGUUGACACUUUCAAAAUGUAAUAGUUAUGGCUGAAUUAUGUUGUCUGAUUACCACAUUGUGAAGUUUCAUGUACAACAAACAGUGAUUGCUUUGUUAAAAUAAUUUCUGCCUAACUUCAUUUCUUUUCC